GCUUCAAACCCAUAUUCCACUGGGAAAGAGAGAGAGAGGGAGAGAGAGGGAGAGAGAGAGAGCAGGACCUGGGAGAAGAGAACGAAAGAAAAAGAGGAGAGAAAAACGGACCAACAACGAUACAAAUGGCACUCAUGGCAGGGAUUUUGUUCACGGCCAGUUUUCUUGUUUUUGGGAUUUCUACAUUUAUUUCGACGGCACGGAUAUACCCCCCAAAUGAAGUCACGUUAUUGGACUCCAGAUCUGUACAGGGGGAGCUGGGAUGGGUCGCCAAUCCAACAGAAGGAGGGUGGGAGGAAGUGAGCAUUAUGGAUGAAAAGAACAUUCCCAUCCGGACGUACCAGGUGUGUAACGUCAUGGAGCCAAACCAGAACAACUGGCUCCGCACUGACUGGAUCCCCCGAGGCGGUGCCCAGCGCGUCUACAUUGAGAUCAAGUUCACCCUCCGGGACUGCAACAGCCUCCCGGGUGUCAUGGGAACCUGCAAGGAAACCUUCAAUCUUUACUACUACGAGUCCAACAACGACAAGGAGCGCUACAUCCGCGAGAACCAGUUUGGCAAGAUCGACACCAUCGCCGCGGACGAGAGCUUCACGCAGGUGGACAUCGGUGAUCGCAUCAUGAAGCUGAACACAGAGGUCCGAGAUGUGGGCGCCUUGACCCGGAAGGGCUUCUAUUUGGCCUUCCAGGAUGUUGGAGCGUGCAUUGCGCUUGUGUCCGUCAGGGUCUUCUACAAAAAAUGUCCAUUGGCGGUGCGUAACUUGGCCCAGUUUCCCGACACCAUCACUGGAGCCGAUACCUCGUCGCUUGUGGAAGUGCGUGGCUCAUGCGUGGAUAAUUCAGAGGAGAAGGAGGUUCCCAAGAUGUACUGCGGGGCGGACGGAGAGUGGCUGGUGCCCAUUGGGAAUUGCCUGUGUAACCCCGGAUACGAGGAGCGCAAUGCAGAAUGCCAAGCCUGUAAGAUCGGUUCCUUCCGAGCCCUGGCCACUGAUGGCUCCUGCUCCAAGUGUCCGCUCCACAGCUACUCCGUCAGGGAGGGAUCCACCUCCUGCGUCUGCGACAAGGGGUACUUCCGCUCUGAAACGGACCCGGCGUCCAUGCCCUGCACCCGUCCUCCGUCUGCGCCCGCCCACCUCAUCUCCAAUGUGAACGAGACCUCUGUAAACCUGGAGUGGAGCCCGCCCCGCAGCACAGGGGGACGCCAGGACUUGACAUAUAAUGUGGUGUGUAAGCGCUGCGGGCCCGACGGCCGGCGCUGUCAGCCCUGCGGUAAUGGCAUCCACUUCAGCCCCCAGCAGCUGAGCCUGAAGGGAACCAAGGUGUCCAUCAACGAGCUGCAGGCCCACACCAACUACACCUUCGAGGUGUGGGCGGUGAACGGGGUAUCGCCUCAGAGCCCCGGACCGGAACAGGCCGUGUCAGUGACCGUCACCACCAACCAGGCCGCUCCCUCUCCAGUGACUUCCAUCCAGGCGAAGGAUAUCACAAGACACACCAUCUCACUGGCCUGGCAGCCGCCGGAUCGAGCCAACGGGGUCAUCCUGGAGUAUGAGGUCAAGUACUAUGAGAAGGACCAAAAUGAAAGAAGCUACAGAAUCAUAAAAACCUCGUCGAGGAACACCGACAUCAAGGGUCUGACCCCGCUGACUUCCUACGUGUUCCACGUGCGCGCUCGCACGGCGGCCGGCUACGGGGAAUUCAGCGGCCCGUUCGAGUUCAUGACCAACUCCGUUCCAGCUCCCAUUAUUGGCGAUGGCACCAACUCCACAGUGUUGUUGGUGUCGGUGGUGGGCAGCGUGGUCCUCCUCAUCAUCCUCAUCAGCGCCUUCGUCAUCAGCCGAAGAAGGAGUAAGUACAGCAAGGCCAAGCAGGACUCUGACGAAGAGAAGCACUUACAUCAAGGAGUGAGGAUAUACGUUGACCCGUUUACGUACGAGGACCCGAACCAAGCCGUCCGCGAGUUCGCCAAAGAGAUCGACGCCUCCUGUAUCAAGAUUGAGAAAGUUAUUGGCAUCGGGGAGUUCGGCGAAGUCUGCAGCGGCCGCCUGAAGAUGCCGGGCAAGAGAGAAAUCUGCGUGGCCAUCAAGACGCUGAAGGCCGGCUACACCGACAAGCAGAGGAGGGACUUCCUGUCCGAGGCCAGCAUCAUGGGCCAGUUCGACCACCCGAACAUCAUUCACCUGGAGGGCGUGGUCACCAAAUGUAAGCCAGUGAUGAUUAUCACAGAGUACAUGGAGAACGGAUCUCUGGAUGCAUUCCUGAGGGUGAGUCAUGCAAGAACGACUGGGCGCUUCACGGUGAUCCAGCUGGUCGGUAUCCUGCGCGGGAUUGCAUCGGGCAUGAAGUACCUUUCAGACAUGAGCUACGUCCACCGCGACCUGGCGGCUCGCAACAUCCUGGUCAACAGCAACCUGGUGUGCAAGGUGUCCGACUUCGGCAUGUCCCGAGUGCUGGAGGACGACCCCGAGGCCGCGUACACCACCAGGGGCGGGAAGAUCCCAAUCCGCUGGACGGCCCCGGAGGCCAUCGCUUACAGGAAGUUCACCUCGGCCAGCGACGUGUGGAGCUACGGCAUCGUCAUGUGGGAGGUGAUGUCUUAUGGCGAGCGACCAUACUGGGACAUGAGCAACCAAGACGUGAUCAAGGCGAUAGAUGAGGGCUACCGGCUGCCCCCGCCCAUGGACUGCCCCGUGGCCCUGCACCAGCUCAUGCUGGACUGCUGGCAGCGAGAGAGGGCCGACCGGCCCAAGUUUGGACAGAUCGUCAACAUGCUGGACAAACUGAUCCGCAACCCCAACACCCUGAAGAGGACCGGGGGAGAGACCGCUGUCAGGCCUAACACCACCCUGCUGGAGCCAGGGAGCCCCGAGGCGUCCUCGGCCGUGGGCACGGUGGAGGACUGGCUGCAGGCCAUCGGCAUGGAGAGAUACAGGGACAACUUCACCGCCGCAGGCUACACCACUCCAGAGGCUGUGGUCCACAUGGCACAAGAGGACAUGGCGCGCAUAGGCAUCUCCUCAGCCGCACACCAGAACAAGAUCCUGACCAGCGUCCAGGGAAUGCUGUCCCAAAUGCAACAGAUGCAAGGCAGAAUGGUUCCCGUCUGAGAGAUUUAAACAAAGAAAAAGGAAAAGGAAGCAAAGCUACUUCGUUUCUUAAGAAAAAAAAACAAAAAACAAAAAAGAAUAAACAUAAAAAAAGAGACAAAUAAACUAUGAAGUAAUAGUUUACCUCAUCCAUGCACUUUAAAUUGGAUAUAAAAGAAAAGAAGAUGUUGAUGAAGAAAAACAAAGUGGUGAAAACGGCACUUUUUAAAAAUCAGACUUUUCUCUUUUUGUGUUGCUUUGGAGAACGAGACGCUUCUUUCUGCAGCAUUUAUGGAAAGAUGGAGGGACGGCUGGAAAAGUGCUUCCGAGAGGCCAAUCUGGAGUGCCUUUAAUGGUCUGGAAGGAAAAGUGAAGGAGGGGGGGGGGGGGGGGGGGAUCGUACCUUUCUUCCUCCUCUUGGGCAGAGUGUUGUUUCUGGAACUUUCUUUCUGGAAUAAUCCGUGGAGCAGAUUUUUUUGAUUUCCUUUGACUGUGUUUAUUGUACAUGAAUAGUUUCUGUGGGACUCUCAGGCCCCCCCCGGCCACCAGCGUUCUCUCUCAGCUGGAUCUGAUGCCUCUCAGGCAACAUGGAGGAUCCUGACUGUCAUAUACAAACAGUGAGUCUCUGAGAGGUUGAGGGUUGGAGCUCGUUGAGUUCCUCUGCUCGGCUCUGGCCUCGAUCUUCUCCCAGAACGCUGAGUUGUGUUGCCCUCAGGACGCUGCGGAGAAUGUCUUUGAUCUUCCAGAGGAGCCUUCCCACUCCCCCGUCUUCCCAAACCUGCCCCCCUACACCUCAGAUAAACACACAAUUUGGAUUCUUCCACUCAUCUCCCAUCUGAAUCAAAGCCCCAGCCCCCCCCCCCCCCCUUCCCGGCUACCGCAGGACCCGCCGACUCUUCCUCGUCACUUUUGAUGGACGGGUGUUUUCUAAGUUGGACGCUAAAUGAAGGAAUGUAUUGGCAGGAUGUGUUUGGACGAACGGUUGCUGCAGAGGCCGUACGGAUGCAGAAUGAAUCAGAAUCAUCAGCAUCAUGAAGAACAUAAAGAAGAACCCACGCAGAGGAACACUCUGAGCUGCUGCCGUCCAUCACAAACAGGAUCCCAGUCUUGCUCGCCAUGACAAGAAUUCUUCCUCUUUGUCUUCCUGCGCCUGCUCUCCGCUCCUCUCCGCUCCUCUCCUUGGAGUCUCCUCCGACACCGAGAUGACAAAUCCGUCCACAAGCGUCUGGGACGUCCACCGCCACAACACGUCAACUUGACAAACUAGCCACCGCGCUCUUGUGGGCAUCCAGCAAUGUUCUGGAGCUACUAUGAAUGAUUCAACAGCUUAAAAAAAAGAGACAAUAAGAAGAAUGUAAUAUAAUCGAGAAGCCCUGCUCAAGCGGAUAAUGUACCUUUAUUUUGAAAGUUUCAUUUUAUUUUGUGAUUUUUUUUUUCUCUUCUGUUUGCAUGUAAAGUAACAAACGUGUGAUUGUGUGUGUGUGUGUGUGUGUGUGUGUGUGUGUGUGUGUGUGUGUAGCUGUAUGACUGACAACGUCUUUGAAGUACUAUCAGUAAUUGUGCCACUGCGGAGGAGGAGACGAUAACGGAGACGUAAUGUUUUUGACAUGAAGAAGAAAAACCCUGAACUUGUUUUUGCUGUUGUGUAUAAAAUCGAUUGCUCCCCUCGUGCGAACUCUACUCAGCAACAGCAACUAUUAAACCGCUUUCUGGAUUGCAACCCAUUUCUGCUUUGGCAGUAACGGUGGCUUGCAAACGGACACAUGGAGACACAGACGCGUGCAUUGGAACACAGCGAGAUGAAGUGGAGGAGAAGUGGCAGCAGUUUAAAGUGACGCACCUGUUCACAACUAAGGAUCAGAGAAGUGAGGAAGAGGUGUUUAAGAAGGGAAAACUUGGUUCUUUUUUAUUCUUUUUCCAGAGCACAUCAUACAGCUACAGGUUUAACCCAAUGGACUAUAUUCUUUUCCUUCCUUUAUAUCUUUAAACUAUACUUUUGCAAAUGUUUUUGAACUCGCAAAUGACACUUCAUAUAAUACAACAACACCUCCGUCCUUAAUACAGCUCUACUGCUCGGUCCUUUAUUGACAACGCGUCGUUCUUUUGGGUUUUAUCUAUCGAAAAAGGACCUGUUUGGAAAUAUGCAAGACAUGUUAGGAAGGAGAAGGAAACCAGAAUGUACUGUAAAAUACUUUUUUCCUUUAAAUGUUGGACGAUUUGAAAAAAAAAGAAAAAAAAAAUUAACAAAAGGCAAGAGUUAAUGUUCGUCAGUGUGUGCCUCACAUCGAGACGUGUAGAUCUAACAUUCUCUCAAUCUUCUUUUCUACUCUUAUUUUGACAUGAUCAUGUUUUUGUUUUGGCCUUGUUUGUUUUAUUUUGUUUUAUUUUGUCAAGGAGCUCUAGGUACAUGUAACUUAUGUCAUUUAUUUAUGUCCUUUUAUAUCUAGUUUGUAAAAUAAUAGCCUAAAGUGAAGAAAAUAAAGGGGUGCCAAAGUGCAUUCUUAAUAAAGUAGGAACCAUAUGAC